ACUUGAUACCGUAGUUUACAAGUUAUUACUUUAUUUAAACUAAUUAUUUUAAGCGUUCCACGGUUAAAUAAAUAUAAUUUUAACAUGAAAGUAUCUUGAAAGAGUAGUGUUUUUCUGGUUUGUGCAGCAAAGUUAACGGUCAGCAAACUAAAAUAUCGACAACCGAGGCGCCGUAUGCAUUUGUAUUGUGGGUAUUGUAGUUUACAACUACACGUGCGCAUGUGAAAGUUCAUUCCUUACGUACCUCGUUGGUCGCAAAGAUGGCCGGCUUGGAACUGUUGUCAGACCAGGGAUACCGACUGGACGGGAGGAAACCCUCCGAAUUGCGAAAAGUGCAAGCCCGCAUGGGUGUUUUUGCACAGGCCGAUGGAUCAGCCUAUAUCGAGCAGGGGAACACCAAGGCCUUGGCGGUGGUGUACGGCCCUCACGAGGUGCGUGGUUCUCGCAGUAAGACCCUACACGACCGUGCUGUCAUCAACUGCCAGUACAGUAUGGCUACCUUCAGCACAGCAGAGAGGAAGAGGAGACCCCACGGUGAUCGCAAGUCAAGCGAGAUGAGCCUUCACCUCAAGCAGACCUUUGAGGCAGCUGUACUGACCCAACUGUACCCUCGCUCCCAGAUCGAUAUCUAUGUCAAGAUCCUGCAGUCAGAUGGUGGGAACUACAGUGCCUGUGUGAAUGCUGCUACCCUGGCGGUGAUUGAUGCAGGCAUCCCCAUGCGGGACUACGUGUGUGCGUGUAGCGCUGGCUUUGUGGAGGACACACCCCUGGCGGACCUGUGCCAUGCGGAGGAGAGUGGCGGGGGCACCUCGCUGGCCCUCGCUCUGCUGCCCCGAAGCGGCCAGAUCGCCCUUCUGCAGAUGGAUGCCCGUCUGCACCAGGACCACCUGGACCCCCUCAUCGAGGCGGCCAUGACGGCCUGCAAGGGUCUGAGCGAUGUGCUGGACAGUGUGGUCAGGCAGCAUCUGCAGGAGGUCUCUGUUCUGACCAGGGACUGAGGGGAAAUCUGGGGAGAGGGAACGGGAAUAAUGACCGGGGGGGCAUGUGUUAAGGAAGGAUAGAAAAACCAAGUGAGAGAAUGAGUGACUGCUAUGGAAGAGAAGUUUAGAUAUAAAGUAGAUCCUCUAGCUGAAGCUAGAGCAUGAGGAUCACUAGGAACAAAGAAUAUAAGGCAUCCAUUUCAUUUUCUGCAUUAGAAGGAUCAGUGAUGCACACAGUUGUUAAUGAAUGGGUGAAUCACUGUGUUUGUAUUUCAUAACUUGUUCUGGUGAGGGAUUCAGACAGUUGUGAAAGUAACUUGUAAAAUGGCAGAAGGGUCCAGACCCCGACUGGGAAUUGAGUGUCGAUCAUAUAAUACUGCAAAUCCUGAAAAUAAUUUUUCUGGUAACUUGGUCAAUUGAGCCAGCAGUACAUUUGUACAUAGCUGCACUUGAAAUGGGUAUUUAAAGUAAGACUAUGUCAUUUGGACAUAAAAUCAAGUUUUUCUUUUGAUACGAGAGUCCACCUGUUUCCUCAUAAGGUAUCCAGGGAGAAUGUGUGGUUUGGCAAUUUGUUUUGUAAUUGUAUAUUUUUUAUGUGUUCAAUCCAUUUUUGUCCAUUUGAUAAAAUACACAAAAUAAAUUGUGAGUAUA